AUGAAAGAAUACAAUAAUAAAUAUUAUAAAGUUAAGAAACUAUCAUCGAAUUUAGAGAGAGUCGUUUAUUUAUAUGAAAAUAUUCAAGAAAAAAAACUAUAUAUUUGUAAAAGAAUUAAACUAUUUAAUUUAGAAACUUUAAAUGAUUCUGAAAUAGAACCCGAAAAGAAUUUCACCGAAUCAGUAAACCAAGAACUUAAAUUUUUAAAACAAUAUUCAAAUAAAGAAAAAUACCCACAUUUAAAUAUUAUUCAGUAUAUUGAAGAUUUUAUUACCAUAAAACCAAAUAAAGACUAUGACCAUUUAAGUAUCAUCACUGAAUAUUAUGAAAAUGGAGAUUUAUCAAAUUCCAAAGGAUUUCCUUUUUAUAAUAUUGUUUAUUUAUUGGUUAAGAUUCUAAUAAUUUUAGACCAGUUUAAAGAAGAUAAAUUUGUUCAUAGAGAUAUUAAACCAGAAAAUAUAUUUUAUAGAACACUUAAUGGCCCCAAUAGAAUUACAGGAGAACCGGAAUAUGAGUUUUAUUUAGGUGAUUUGGGAUCCUCAAGAAUUAUUUUGGGUUUAACUCAAGAUGGUCGUUAUACUCAAGCAGGAACUAAUGAAUUUAUAGCACCUGAAGUAAUCGAGGGAUAUAUAACUCCAUGUAGAUAUUACAGUUUAGUGUAA